GCCCCUUUUCUGGCACAGCCUGCCUCCGACACCAGCAUAGCUUUCUGCCUCUGCCCACUCCUGGCCGGCUCCUCAAGACCAAAGCUACCAGCCAGCAGCAUGGCUAUGAAAUGUGGAAAUUGUGGACCUGGCUACCCUACCCCUCUGGAGGCCAUGAAAGGACCCAGGGAGGAGAUUGUCUACCUGCCCUGUAUUUACCGAAACACGGGCACUGAGGCCCCGGAUUAUCUAGCCACUGUGGACGUCAACCCCAAGUCUCCCCAGUAUAGCCAGGUCAUCCACCGGCUGCCCAUGCCCAACCUGAAGGAUGAGCUGCAUCACUCGGGAUGGAACACCUGCAGCAGCUGCUUCGGGGACAACACCAAGUCUCGCAACAAGCUGGUGCUGCCCAGCUUCAUCUCCUCCCGCAUCUAUGUGGUAGAUGUGGGCACUGAGCCCCGCGCCCCGAAGCUGCACAAGGUCAUUGAACCCAAGGACAUCCAUGAAAAGUGCGGCCUGGCUAAUCCCCAUACCAGCCACUGCCUGUCCACUGGGGAGGUGAUGAUCAGCACUCUGGGAGACCCCAAGGGCAAUGCCAAAGGGGGUUUCCUGCUGCUGGAUGCAGAGACAUUUGAUGUGAAGGGGACGUGGGAGCGGCCUGGGGGUGCUGCGCCUAUGGGCUACGACUUCUGGUACCAGCCUCGACACAAUGUGAUGAUCAGCACCGAAUGGGCAGCUCCCAAUGUCCUACAAGACGGCUUCAACCCAGCUGAUGUAGAGGCAGGGCUGUAUGGGAGCCACUUACACGUGUGGGAUUGGCAGCACCAUGAGAUCAUGCAGACCCUGACUCUACAGGACGGGCUCAUCCCCCUGGAGAUCCGCUUCCUGCACAACCCGGCCGCUUCCCAGGGCUUCGUGGGCUGUGCCCUCAGCUCCACCAUCCAGCGCUUCUACAAGAAUGAGGGAGGUACUUGGUCGGUGGAGAAGGUGAUCCAGGUGCCCCCCAAGAAAGUGAAGGGCUGGAUGCUGCCUGAAAUGCCAGGCCUGAUCACUGACAUCCUGCUGUCCUUGGACGACCGCUUCCUCUACUUCAGCAACUGGCUGCACGGGGAUCUGCGGCAGUAUGACAUCUCUGACCCGCAGAGGCCCCGCCUCACGGGACAGAUCUUCCUCGGAGGCAGCAUUGUUAAGGGAGGCCCCGUGCAGGUGCUGGAGGACCAGGAGCUAAAAUCCCAGCCAGAGCCCCUGGUGGUCAAGGGGAAACACGUGCCUGGAGGGCCUCAGAUGAUCCAGCUUAGCCUAGACGGGAAGCGUCUCUAUGUCACCACGUCACUCUACAGUGCCUGGGACAAGCAGUUUUACCCUGAUCUCAUCAGGGAAGGCUCCGUGAUGCUGCAGAUCGAUGUAGACACAGAAAAGGGAGGGCUGAAGUUGAACCCCAACUUCCUGGUGGACUUUGGGAAGGAGCCCCUCGGCCCAGCCCUGGCCCAUGAGCUCCGCUACCCUGGGGGCGACUGCACCUCUGACAUCUGGCUCUGAAGUCCACCCCUCAUAGCCCACUCCACAUUCUGAGCCCUCACUUCCACAGGGACCAGGCUUCACCCUUCUCUCUCGUGCUCUCUAACCCUUGGCAGCUAGUCCUACCAAAGCCAAACUGAGGCUGUUGAAACAUAUUGAGCAUUGUCUCCAUAAAGCAACCACUGUUGCACAUUUCUCACUGUGCUCUUUUUACAUGAGCUCUUGGAAAUUAAUUCACCAAGAAAUAAAUUGGUGAGCCUAUUCCUCAGAUCACCUUGUCUUUGCAGGCACAGGUCCUGUGACGUCUCUUCUGCUGACCCAUUGUAUCUUGCACAGAAAGUCCUAAAGAGGACUCGGGGGGGUUAAAGUGACUAGUUCAUACCAGUGAUUACAACACGAUGCUAAUGAUGCCAAAAUCUCACUUUUAUGGCCAGAUAGAACCUGAAGGUUUUGGAGGUGGUUGACAUAAGGAGACCUGGGGGAACAGAAUGUCAAUCCAUGUUCGUUUAAACUUUAUAUUUUUUUAAGUCAUGCUUUCUUUUAACCAACCUAAAAUCUCACCCAUCAGCCCCAGGAGCAUGUAAUGUGCCCCCUCACACACAGGAGACACCCUAGACCCCUGAUGAAGACAGUACAAUCUGUUUCCACUGCUGGUGAGACUACUGGGAGAACACACUCUUGUUGGGAGGUUAGGUGUGUCACCUCCUACCUGGAAGACAGGAACAUGACCACGCAGGAGGGCUGGGAACAUCAAGGUGAACCAACCCAACAGACCAGGCCCUAGCACUCUUGCCUCCUCAUAUAGACAAUGUUUCAGAACCUUGCCCAAAUCAGAGAUGUCUCCUUUCUCUACGCUAGGUCUUUAAUUCUUUAUAAAAGGAAUGAGAUGGAAGUUUCAGGAACCUAAGAGACAGCAGCCAAGUGGUAAUUCUACUGACUCCUUUAGUCUCUACUCAAGACAAUACUAAGCAACAUUCAGUUAUUAACCUACAUUCUUUUCAGCCUUCCUCAAAAGUGUCUGUUUUGAAUAUUAAAGCUGUCUAGGACCCCCAAGAUGGCCAGGCCUUGCCAAGAAUGUGUCACACUUUCUUUCCCUCUAAGGUCUUUAAACAUGCUCGUUGAAACAUCUACCUC